AGCAGCUGCUGACCCGGAGAGCACACGGAGCGCAACCGAGGCUCGGCAACGGACAGAAGAAGUGGCUACAAGACCUCCACUGCAGCACUUUCCGGAUAGGACUUCUUAAAGGAAGAAACGUCAACUUUUGGGAAAAACAAUUACUUCUCUGACCGAGCGAGCGAGCCCAGUUCGGGAAAGAAGUUUCCUCGGACAAAUCCACGGAUUUGACCGGACGUGUUUGCAAGCAACCCCUUUUCUGCAUUUAGGAGAAGAAACAGAAGGGAGAAGGCGAUGGCCACGCUGAGCGCCUUGAGUGAGGUCCAGGCGAAACGCGUGUGGGAAUUUUUUCCCAAGAAACUGGGAGCGGAGAUGCUACAGACGAACACGGAGUUACCCCAACACUGGCAAGACCUGAUCGUAACCGCAGGCUCUCUGCACUCCGGGUGGGGGGGCAGCCAGGGUCCAGAGGAGCCCACUCCUUGGGACGACCCCAAGGGUUUCCUGGCCUCCUUCGAACAAGUGGCUGAGGCCUGUCGAUGGCCCCGGAAAGAAUGGGCAGCCCGGCUUUUGCCUGCCCUCCGCGGAGGAGCCGAACAAGCUUUCAGUAACCUGGAGGCUCGAGACCGGCAGGAUUAUGGGAAGGUGAAAGCGGCCAUCUUGCACCGAGAUGCCCUGAGCCGGGAGAAACAACGCCAGCACUUCCGGCGUCUCCGCUACCAGGAGGCCGAGGGGCCUCGCGGGGUUUACAACCGACUCCAGGCGCUGUGCCGUCAGUGGCUGAAGGUGGAGAGACACUCCAAAGAGCAGAUCCUGGAGUUGCUGAUCCUGGAACAGUUCCUGACUGUCCUCCCUCCGGAGGUCCAGAGCUGGGUGCGGGAGAGAGGCCCUGCGUGCUGCGCCCAGGCGGUCGCCCUGGCCGAGGAUUUCCUCUGGAUGCAAAGAGAGUCUUCGAGAUGGGAACAACAGGGGACCACAGCAGCCGUUCCCUCAGCCAAGGCAGAGCUGGACUCACCUGACAGCGGAAGGAUUCUCCCAAGACCGUUCCUGGACGAAGAGGAGAAGGCUGGAAAUUCAUGCACAGGUGACGUACGGCAAAGCGAGAACGGCAGGGGACUUUUGAAAGUUGCCUCCGACCGCGUCGAGCCGCCAAAGCUGGAAGAGAUACGCCCGCUGAGGAGGACAAGGAGAAACUACCUCACGGAUAAGUGUAAGAAAAACAUGGCUUCCCAAGCGGCGGGAUUCCAUAACGCUUCCCUCCCCGAAGAGAAGCCGACCGAAAAGAGAAAAUACAAGUGCAACGUUUGCGGGAAAUUCUUCAGCUACAAGUCGAGCCUGAAGAUCCACCUGAGAAUCCACACCGGGGAGAAACCGUACAAGUGCUUGGAGUGCGGGAAGAGCUUCAUCCGUAGCGACCUCCUGGCCUCCCAUCAAAGGAUCCACACGGGGGAGAAGCCCUACAGCUGCUCCUUCUGCGGCAAGAGCUUCUGCGACUUGUCCACGCUGAUCAAGCAUCGGAGGAUCCACACAGGGGAGAAGCCGUACAUCUGCAUGGAGUGCGGCAAGAGCUUCAGCCAGAAGGCGAUUCUCAACUCCCACCAGAGGAUCCACACGGGCGAGAAACCCCACAAGUGCGGCGAGUGUGGGAACAGCUUCAGCCGGAGCACUUACCUGGCUUCCCAUCAGAGAGUCCACCUGGGCGAACGGAGGUAUCAACACGCAGAUUGUAGCCUCCCGGACCAGCCCAAACUGAUUCGUUCCCCCAUCGUUCCUGUGGAGGAGAAGACUUUUAAAUGCCCCGAAUACGGUCAGAAGUUGAAGCCGCAUUCACCGUGCUUGGCCCACCAGAAAAUGUACGCCUUGGGCAAAAGUAUCAGCGUUUUCGAAUGUGGAGACAAGAUUCAGUUGGAAGCCAUGGUUUGCGAGACUUCGGAGAAGCUGAGUGAUUAGCCACUCGGCUGCUCUCCAUUGCCGAGGGGAUUUUUUUCUCCCCUUGGCGACUGGAGAAAUUUCCAAUCCAGCUGGCAUUAAAGCAAUAUGGGGAACUACCACAAUUUGGGGCGGGGGGCACAGGGAAAGAUUUGAACUAUUCGUCCCUUUCUGAGCAUUGUGCACUGAGGAGCUACAAGGCGCUGGUUUUGGGGGAUAGCAAUAGCACUUAGACUUAUAUAUCGCUUCACGGCGCUUUGAAGCCCUCUCCAAGCGGUUUACAGAGUCAGCCUACCGGCCCCCAACAAUCUUUACCGUAGUUAAUGAUCGGUUUCUCAGGUUUCCAGCCAAGUGCUUCCGCUGCCCCACCCUCCGUUGCACCUUGUUCUCAAGCCGAGAAACCACCCACACCUGGCUGGCCAUUUGAUGAGUCGAAAUCGGGGGUGUCAAAGUCAAUUUCAUUCAGGGCUGCAUCAGGGUUGUGUUUGACCUCGGGGGGCCGAGGGGAGCGUGGCCAGCUCGAUGUUACUCGUGUUGAGGGGGCGCCGUUGGUGGCCCGAGCGCUCUGCCAGCAAAAACGGGCUCCCGAGCUCCGUUUUCGGCUGCGACGGCCUCCUGCAACCCUCUGCCAGAGAAAACGGGCUCCCGAGCUCCGUUUUCGGCUGCGACGGCCUCCUGCAACCCUCUGCCAGAGAAAAUGGGCUCCCGAGCUCCUUUUUCGCUGGCAGAGGCACCGCAGGCCGGUCCUUCGCUGUUUCCAGAGCGGCCGCGCGGGCUGGAUCUCGCCCACAGGCCUCAAGUUUGAAACCCCUGCUCUAAAUACUGGUCUUGGCAAUCAUUGGAUAUAGAUAGUCCUCGAUUUACAACACUUCUUUUACUGACUGUUCGAAGUUAACGGCACUGAAAAAAGCGACUUAGGACCGCUUUUUCCACUUAACGACCGUUGCAGCAUUCCCCGUGGUCACAUGAUCAGAUUUCGGACUCUUGACAACUGAUUCAUAUUUAUGACAGUUGCAGUGUCCCAGGGUCCUUUUGCGACCUUCUGACAAGCAAAGUCAAGGGGCAAGCCAGAUGACCUUGUUACUAACUUAACAGCUGUAGUGAUUCACUUAUCCACUGUGGCAAGGAAGGGUCAUAAAAGGGGGCAAGAUUCAUUUAAACAAUUCUUUGGCUCGGUAACCGAAAUUUGGGGGGGUCGUAAGCCGUGCUGUCAAUCCGUGGAGAAAUAUUUUGAAAGUAUUAUCUUUUUAUUAAAACAAUACACGCA